UCACCUGCUUAGUGGAUCGAUGGAGGCCCGAGACCCACACGUUCCACUUUCGCUGGGGUGAGAUGGCGCCUACUCUACAGGACGUGUCUAUGUUGCUGGGACUUCCGUUGGCAGGUGAGCCCAUAGGCCCAUUGGAGGAAACCGUGGGCUGGAUGCACAGCAUGGAUGCACGUUUCCAGGGUGUUCGUGCAGACGUUGGGCCUAUGACUUUUGAGGCUCACGGGCCUCGCCAGGCAUGGCUACACGAGUUCCAGAUCGAGCAGUUCGGAUUCCCAGAUGUACCGAUGACUGCGGUUCAGAUCACUCGCAGCUUGGAGGCGUACCUCAUGUGGCUACUCGGGAAGACGAUGUUCACGGACAAUCACGGGAAUACGAUCAGUGCGCGGUACAUCCCUAUAGCUCAGGAGAUAGCAGAGGCCACCGAAGCGAGCACAUCAUUCGGAGGAGGCUGGGGUUCUGCGGUCUUAGCCGCUACGUACCGAGCUCUGGUCAUGGGCGAGGUUUCCCAUCGGCCGUCCUGA